AGAUGACCCCCCAGCAGAAGGCGCCUAGCAAGGACCUGGGGUCGUGGAUUCAGGAAGGAGGCAAGAAAAUGAAAGCCUCGGUGCAAAGAAGACGUUCUUCGUCUGCCAUCGGCAGGGCCCUGAGCAAGAACAAGGCGCAUUCCAGGCAGAUCACGCUUGUUCCUUCCCACUGUGGGGGUAGUCUUCUCCUUGGAUCCUUCUGUAGCCCCAACAACAUGUUCAUCCUGAAAGAAAGGGUCCAUCUAUCGAGCGGAUCGCACACCCAAGAGAGGCACCUGUUCCUUUUCAGUGACUCCCUUAUUAUCACCAAGUCAAAGUCUUCUUCCAGCAUGAAGCUAAAAAAACAAGUUCGGUUGAGCGAGGUGUGGAUUUCCACCAGCCUUUGGGAUGUUUCGGAAAGAAGGCAUUCCACCGACGAUUCCUUUGUUAUUGGGUGGCCCACUACCAACUAUGUUGUUACCUUUAGUUCCUCAGACACAAAGGAGAAGUGGCUCUCCACGUUAAGCUGGCAUAUUACAGAAGUGAAGAAAGAUGAGUUCCCUGGAAAAAUUGCGAUUAGUGUUUUAUAUCUGGAUGCAGAUGAAUACACGUCCAGUACCACGGUCACUGUGUCUAACAUGGACCCUGCUGAAAAAGUGAUAAAAGUUGUGUCUCAACAGCUCGAACUUCCUGGCAGACAGAGUGACUACCAUCUGUGGGUGACAUCCGGGAAGGAUGAGCCUCCAUAUCCUCUUUUCGGUCAUGAAUACCCUUACAGUAUUGCAAUGAACUGCCUCCAGGAAUCGGUGGUUAUGGCCAGAGGACUCAACAAUAACCAUUCUCCAGAACACAGUGCAGACGGCAUUCUUGAACAGAUCCCUCACGAAAGACAGUGCCAGUUCAUCGUUAAGCUUAGGCCCCAGGGCGCCGUGGAUGUGAGGAGGGAGUCUGCCCAAAAGCAACGCAGGAGGAAAAAGUCGCUGAUAGACUGGGCUUUACGUCGUAGUGGCAGCGCCACGCUGAGCACACCUUCUUCCCAAUCACCCCUCACACCACGCAAGCUCUUUGGUCAUUCCCUGUCGUCAGUGUGUCCCAAUGGGAAUCUACCCAAGCCCAUCAUGGAUAUGCUCCUGCUGUUAUAUGAAGAAGGGCCGACCACGAGGGGUAUCUUCCGCCGCUCAGCCAACGCCAAAACGUGCAAAGAGCUCAAGGAGAAGUUGUUAUCUGGGGAUGAUGUCCAGAUUGAUGGAGAAUCUGUGUUUGUGGCAGCUGCAGUGAUUACGGAUUUUCUCCGCAAUCUUCCUGACAGUAUUCUAUCCUCAGACAUGUAUGGGCUUUGGAUGGAAGUCCCAGAAUUUGAGCAACCCAAAAAAAGGAUAAAAGUCAUAAAGAGUUUGUUGGAUCAGCUCCCUGAAGCGAAUUUCAAUUUGCUGCAACAUUUGUUUGCUGUGCUGAAUCACAUCGGGAAGAAUUCAGAAGAAAACCAAAUGACAGCUUUGAAUCUCGCUCUCUGCAUAGCUCCCAAUAUGCUAUGGCUGCCUACUGGAGGCGACCCAGAGGAGGAGAGCAAGUCAACCAAAAAGGUGGCUGGGCUGGUACAAUUCAUUAUAGAGAAUUACUCACUCAUCUUUGAACAAGAUGCUUCCCUUCUGUUCAAUAAACACAGACAGCAAGAGUCAGGAAGUACCGAUGACUUGGCAGACAUACACAUGAUCCAUCGGCAAGAUUCCUCCGAUGAGCUUGAAUUUGCAGCUUCAGACUUGGACAAGUCAGAGUCAAGCCUGCUGAAAGAUGAAGACGGAUUGUUUGAUGAGUCUUUGCUGCUGGAGGAAAGGGAGGACUGGGACCUUUUCAGUGAAAUAUCUGCCUGCUACCUGAACAAAACCAAGAUGGACUGCACGGAUUCAACGUGUUGCCUUAGUCCUUGUCGGGAUAGAUGCUCUUCAGAACCAAGCGUAUGUCAUAGUUCGAGACUCGAACUACCCCCGAAUCAUGAACCAGUGGCUCGCCAGUCCAGCUGUGAUGCCACCAUCAUACAUAGUCACCUGGAUUAUAUAAAUCAGAUGAAGCAGCUACAGCUAGAGAGUCAGAACCUGCUGAAUGAAGAUGCCGCUCCUAGUACGAAAAACACGCAAUGUGGUUUUUGGAGGUCCACCCAAAUGAAAACAAACCCCAAGGAGAAAAGUUCUCAUACGGUAAACCCUUCCAAAAGAUCAAGUAUUUCCAGCCUUUCUUCAACAACCACCUCCCCUUCUGCUUCCUCCCUAAGUUCUCUGGACAGUGCCUUCUCUUACUGCUCAGAGUCACCAGUGUUCAACUCAAGUGAUGUUACCUCCUUACCAUUUAUGUUUGGGACCUCAGCGAGGCUACACACACUAUCCCCAGAAAUCACCAAAAAGAAACUAAGAGAGUGGCACAUACCUCUGUCUACUCUCUUCGGGACCAGCUCUUGUGACCUUGAGUCAUGGGAGAUGCAAUGGGAAUCCAAAGAGCAAAAUCAUAUUAAAGAAAAAGAGAAAGGAACAAAUGUAUUUCCAGUCCAAGGUAGUGUUCACGCAAGUUUGGAGAGGGAGUCUAGUCAGCCUCUCAGUUCUUCUGGAAAAGAGGGUGUCACAUAUAUGCAAAAACCAAAAUUUAAAAUCAGCCGUGUCAAAACCGAAUCCGUUUCAGAGAACGGAAAUUGUGUUCACAAGGAGAUCUCGGUGAGGAAAAUUGAAAUGAAAAAAGCAGAGUCCCUUAAAGACGAGAGGCCCCAACAAGCCAAAGUGGCCUUCUACGCUUCUCCUAACAUCAUGUCCAUAACCAACCUUAAUGACCAAAAUCUGAAUGAGGAUUCCUGCAGUCGUAGUUGCCAAGUCACGAAGCUCAAAAUACCCCAGACUGUGUUCUACGGCCAAAACACCCCGUUGGUACUGCAUUCGGUUUCCAGGAAGCAGCAUCCGGAAUUGGAGAAACCCCAAUGGCAGACACAGCUCAAACACAUAGUCAGAAGAAGCUCUGCAGGUGAUAUGGUGACCAAUAAUGGGGAUUUAUCUUCAGCCUUUACAGACAAAGAAGUCAUAACCAAAGAAGAACAUGAAGAACCUCAAUCUACCAAAGAAUCCCAACUUGCCAAAAGUCACACCAACACCAUCACGACUUUCAGUCAGACAAUUCGUGUCAGUUUACCAUCUUCUGUUAAGAACACAGUGCGGGAAUAUUUUAAGCAUGGCGACCCCAAACCUUCCCCUUAUCAUGAAGCCGCUGUGGCAAAUAAUGUGGUCCAGGAGAAAACUGAAAACUUGCAGGGUGCAAAAGACCACCUAGGGACAUAGGAGCAGGACUGUCUGUUGGGAGAGUCUUUUGUAUAGAGCAAGUGACGGGAAAAUGUAGAAAAUAUAUUGUAUAGGAUGCAAGAUAACACAAGAAGAGAAAAUAUUGUACAUAGUCUAAGAUGUGAAGAGUUUGGUUGUAUAAAGCUUUGGCUCGUGUAAA